GCGUGCCGCAGGGUGGUGGCGGCAGUGGCGGGCGGGUGAGCCUCGCGCCCUCUAUGGCGACCGCCGCUCGCGAUCAGCUGCCCGCUGCCGGCCUGGACGAGGCGGAUGAGGCGGUCCGGGGCACGUGCGAGGACGCAUCCGUCUGCAAACGGUUUGCUGUAAGCGUCGGCUAUUGGAAGGACCCUUACAUCCAGUAUUUUGUGAGGCAAGCCAAAGAAAGAAAAGCACCUGAAAUCAACAGAGGCUAUUAUGCUCGUGUUCAGGGUGUCAGUUAUCUGCUUGAGGCUUUCCUGAAGAAGACCGAGUGCAACUGUCAGAUUGUUAAUCUUGGUGCUGGCAUGGAUACCUUGUUCUGGAGAUUAAAGGAUGAAAAUCUUCUCCCUAGAAAAUACUUCGAAGUGGAUUUUCCAAUGAUAGUUGCAAGAAAAAUACAUAACAUAAAAUCAAAACCUCCCCUGUCAAAACCAAUCAUAGAAACCCAUUCAGGGGACUCUCUUCUAAUAGAUUCCCACAGCUUAGACUCCAGCCGAUACUCCAUAGUGGGAGCAGAUCUUCGCUUCUCAUCGGAUCUAGAGGAAAAGCUAAAGAAACACAAACUGGAUGUACAUUUGCCAACACUUCUGGUAGCAGAGUGUGUGCUGGUUUACAUGACUCCACAACAAUCUGCAAAUCUUUUACAGUGGGCGGCGAGCACUUUUCCAGUGGCGAUGUUUAUAAAUUAUGAGCAGGUGAACAUGGCAGAUCGGUUCGGACAGAUCAUGAUUGAGAACUUGCAGAGACGACAGUGUAACCUGGCUGGAGUGGAAGUCUGCAGAUCCUUAGAAUCUCAGAAGGAACGAUUGCUGUUAAAUGGAUGGGAAAAUGCACAUGCCAUUGAUAUGAUGAAAGUGUACAGCUUCUUGCCACAGGCUGAUGUCAAAAGAAUAGAAGAACUUGAAUUCUUGGAUGAAAAAGAACUCUUUGAACAACUAAUGCAGCACUACUGCAUCUGCUGGGCCUCAAAAGACAACAGUAAUCUGGGUCUUGCAGACAUCACCUUCUGAUGUACUUGCUCAAGGGAAGCCGUGGGUCCAGAAGCCACAGCUGCUGCCUUCUUCUUGAGACAAGGUCACAGAAAUGAUGGGGCUGUGCAUGUGCCGAGUUCAGUCUGCUCAUCUGUGUAAGCAGUGCCAGUGAAGAAGGUGACGGGUGCUGCUGAUGUUGACUGUCCUGUUGGCUUUUGGUAGUUUGAAUUUUUUUGCCCAUUUUAAGCAGCUGUUAUGAAGCAAGAUUCGCCUCUCAUUCCUGGAUAUGUGUAUAAUGACAGGCUUUUGUAAGAUGACUAAUUCCUGUUUAAAGGCUCACCUUCCUCAGUUUAAAACUGUGAGUGUUCUUGGAUUAUAUUCUCCACUUUCAUCUCCUUGUGGAUGUGUAAACUGUAUUUGUGAUAGGAAGCUGGAAAAAUAUGUUGAACUGCAUUAGUGGAUUUCUCUUUGCACUGUGCACUGCUGAUCAUGAAGGUUAGUUUUUGUUAAUUUUCUUUCUGUUUGGGUUUAACUCUUAGGAAGUGUCACCCUGUAAGCUUUCUCCAGGCUUUUACUAUUGCUACAAGGCUGUCACUAUGCUUGGUCUGCCCCUUAUUGGGAAGAGUGAAAGAAGGAAAGGGUCCAUGAUUAAAUUAGACUUUAUUUAGCUGGGAAGGGCUCAGCUUGGCAGUUCAGCACGGGGAUGGUUGUGGUGAGAAAGGAAGUAAACUAUACUUGCACUCCUGGCAGUAUUUUUACAGCAGUCUCUUUUUUUCUUUCCCCUUAAAAGAAAUGAGCAAAAUCCAUUUAGUAACAAAAACCCCUAACCCACCUUCCUACUGUUUGGAAUUGAAUCCUGCAACCUUCUGAGAAGAAUAAUAAUAAAUGUUUAAUAUUUAUAA